AUGGGAAAAAAAGCCAGCAAAGCUAUUGACAGACUGAAAACUCGCGCAUUAUCGAAAGAAAAUAUAUUACCCACAACUCCAAAUUCUCCUACAUUUCAAUUAAAUGAAACGAAAUUUACACCAACAUCAUCUAAACCGUUGGAUUUACCUGAUGGUGUUACUAUCGUUUGGUUAGAUGCAGGAGCUAAUUUGAGAUCGAGUGAUGCUGAUACAACAAAAUUAAUGCUAGACAAAAUUCACCUACCUGUACUUACAUUUGACGAUGUGAAGAACUGUUUGAAUGCUUUGAGCACAAUUAAUAAUAAGAAAUCUCGUGUUUUCCUUAUUGUCUCUGGUAAAUUUAGCACUCCUAUUUUAUCUGAAUUGAACAAGUUACCAGCGAUUGAUUCUGUCUUUAUUUUUUGUGCUCGUCCAGAACAAUAUGAACAUCUCAUUAUCGAAUACUCUCCUUAUGUGAUUGGUGUUUUUCAAGAACAAGAUUCAUUACAAUUAUCUCUUGAAAUUGAACUCAAUAAUUAUCAUAUUCGGGCACCAAUUUUCAAUUUCUUUACACAAAAACAAACUGCUAUUAGAGAUCUAACAUAUGAUGCAGCAUCUUUCCUUUGGUUUCAAUUACUACAGAAAGUACUUAUGAAGAUCAAAUAUGAUGCAAGCGACAUGAAACAGAUGAUCGAUCAAUGUAGGCAACAUUAUGCACGAAAUGCUCAACAACAAAAGUUCUGUGUGGAUAUGGAUGAAUUCGAGAAAACUUAUAAACCUUCCGAUGCGAUUAAUUGGUAUACACGUCAGUCGUUUGUCUAUAAAUUGAUAAAUGCCGCUCUACGAACAGAAGAUAUUGAGGCACUGUAUAUUUUUCGUUUUUAUAUAUCGGAUUUAUGUCGACAAUUGACAAAUGAACACAAAAAACUCCGUAUUCAACAUCAAAAAUCACCUGUUUUAAAACUCUAUCGAGGUUGUCAUAUGACUUUAAAAGAAUUGGAUAAGUUACGAGAUACAAUUGGUGAGAUGACUAGUAUAAAUGGAUUUAUUUCAACAAGCAUGCAACAAUGGGUAGCCGAUGAGUUUUUAUCGCGUGAUUCACAUCGUGGAUCUGACACGCAGAAAGUAUUAUGGAUAAUUGAAGCAGACUGUCGCAUCGAUGAUAUCAUCUUUGCUUCUAUAACGCCAUAUAGUGAACAUCCUGAAGAAGAAGAGGUGAUCUUCAAUAUCGGAAGUGCUUUUCGUAUUGUUGAUGUAACACUUAAUAAAACAAGUAAUAUCUGGCAUAUAAAAGCAACAGCUACAAAUGCUGGAUCACACGCUUUCUCAGAAUAUAUGAAAUUGCUUUGUCGUGAGCUGAACGAAACUAGUGAAAAAGUUAUAUUUGGAACGUUACUUAUCGACAUGGGUAAAUAUGUUACAGCUCAACGUUACUUCGAAGAUUUGAUUGAACGUUGUCGUGAUAAUAAUCAUCCUGAUUUACCAGCUUUUCAUUAUAAUCUAGGAUUGACCUAUACCUUUCAAGGAGAUCUUGAUUCGGCUGAAAAGAACUUUCGUGAAGCUCUUGUGUAUCAGGAAUUGGUUUCAUCGAAACAGCGCGAUAUGGUACGUACAUUAAAUGCACUUGGUUGGGUUUAUCAAGAUAAUGGAGAAUUGGAUGAAGCCAUUGAAUUUUAUACAAAAGCCGAGUCUAUCUGCAAAGAAAAACUUGGAUCUAACGACCUUGCUAAUGCACAAACGUACACAUAUAUGGGCAGAUAUUAUUUGGAACGACAACAAUAUAAUGAGUCAAAUACAUGCUAUGAACGUGCAUUGAAAAUUCUUCAUCUUCAUUUGCCCGAUCGACAUCAACGUCUAGGAAUUAUACUUAGUGAAAUGGGUGAUGCAAGACGUAAACAAGGUGAACCUGAACAAGCUCUCAAGUUAUAUCAACAAGCUGAAGCUAUUUUUCAUGAUAUUCUACCUCAACAUCAUCCAUGUAUGGCUUACUGUUGGAGUGGUAUGGGAUUAGUUUUUCUACAGCUCAACAAUAUCGAAGAAGCUCAACGCUAUCAUGAAAAAGCAUUAAAGUCAUAUCGACAUGUCUUGCCACCCGGUCAUAUAAAUAUUAGUAUCAGUGAAAAAAAUCUAAAAUGUACCAGAUAUGAUCACAUAAUCGAUAGCUACUUACAAGUUUGUUCACAAGUUUGA